AUGGAUUAUCAAUCCUGUCUGCAAGAUUUUGACAACCAGGAAUUCAACGAUAACCAUGAUGACUCCUCUGAGGAACACAGCGUGGAGAUUGGAGUGCCCAUGGACGUCUUGCCACCUCCCCCCCGGGAAUGCUGGGGGCCAAAGGAGAACACCAGCAGACGUGGUCAUGGAAAUGGGACUGACUGCUAUGGUGCUGUUGACCGUAGCCAGGACGAAGGUGAAGGCCGUAGCCAGAGAGACCACAACUGCAGAGAUAUGGAUUAUCAAUCCUAUCUGCAAGAUUUCGACAACCAGGAAUUCAACGAUAACCAUGAUGACUCCUCUGAGGAACACAGUGUGGAGGAUAGUCCCAACGAUCCGCUGGGGUUUCAGGGGGACUGGACCUACCGAACAGAGGAGGAGCAGAGGGCCAACAGCAUCCAGAGGCUGAGGAUGCUGCUCCAGUCGGCCAUUGAGAACGAUCGUGGAGUGCAGAAUUUCAAGCGCAGAGAGAAAUGUUUCAAGUGUGACCUUCCCAGAUCCGAAGCUAAGCAGAAGCUACCCCUUCUAAGCCGCUCUGGUCAGUUGGUGUCUCCGUCGGGUCGUGAGCUCAGCCAAGGUCUUCUGCCCCUCCCACAAGUAUCUGCAGGCCUGUCUGCUCAGCCUGUAGCCCAGAUGUCUGAACCCCGUGCAGAGAACGCAAGUGACGAUACCCAUACAAUUUAUACCCUGUAUAAAUUAAAUCCAUAAUUGAAGGACUGAGGCUGAAGAAAUUUGUGAAAAACGUGAAUUUUGCGCAAUGCGUUUUCCUGAUGAUUUGAAGAUAAUUGCUGGAGAGUUGAAUCAUAAAAAAUCUGAAGACAUCUGGACUUGAAUGGACAAUAUAUUGAACACUUACCUGUCUAAAGACUGUACAGUUGUAAAGUUGUUAUAUAUAUUCCGCACUGCAAUUGAUAUAUAAGUCAUUUACUUGUUGGAUGUAAAUAGUUACUUACCUUUGAAUGUUGGAUGUAAAUAGUUACUUACCUUUGAAUGUUGAAUGUUGGAUGUAAAUAGUUACUUACCUUUGAAUGUUGAAUGUUGGAUGUAAAUAGUUACUUACCUUUGAAUGUUGAAUGUUGGAUGUAAAUAGUUACUUACCUUUGAAUGUUGAAUGUUGGAUGUAAAUAGUUACUUACCUUUGAAUGUUGAAUGUUGGAUGUAAAUAGUUACUUACCUUUGAAUGUUAC